AUGAAAAUGGCGAUUGAAGAAGUUCCCUUGCAGAUCUUCACGAUCCCCAAACCAAAUGUUUCGUACUUGACAGAGACCGAAGCCUCAAAGCCGGUCCUGCUUGAGUCUUAUCAUGUGGACCUGCUCCCUGAGUACGGUUACAUCAGUCAAGAGUUUUUGAUUUCCGGAGUCGCUCAAGGUGAAUCAUUUUGUACACGCCUUCUACUUCGUCGUCCGGCAGAUCUUCAAAAUUUCUCCGGGUUUGCUGUCGAGGAGCCGUCUCACUUGUGGGGUGGAACCAGUAUCUGGCGUCACACCAACCGCUGGCUUAUGCGUAAUGGCCACGCUUGGCUGGAAGUUGACUCCCAGGCUCCAUCGGCCAUCAGUAAAAUCAAGGAUGUUGACCCUGAGCGAUAUGAACAAGUACAUUUCAUCCCAGGUCCUACUUCCGAUGAAUUUGCCGAUAAUAUUCCUUUCGUGACGGAUGUAUCAAAGGAGACUUUGAGCGAAGCUUACAAUGAAUUCAAAGCCAAAUGGUGGCCUGCAACCUUGCAGUCUCCCGAAAUUCUGGCGGCCGCCUCGUACGCAUUAAGGUCAGGGCAGUUGGGCAUUAAAGCAUGUUGGGUUGUUCUCAGCGGUCUAUCGCAGACGGGCGGACUGACAAGGCGUUUUAUCACCCAUUCGUCGCACUUGCGGCUGCCAGAUAGCUCCCAUCCUUUUGAAGGAUACGUUCCUUGCCAAUCUGGCGGAGCUGCACUUCCGGACUGUGCACCUGCCAAGAUCAUUGAGCUUCUGGGAGAAUCCGAGUUCCCAUCCGUUCGGCUCCCUUGUGGUGUGAGUGGCCAGGUGAAAGACACAAGACAUCGCCGCGCCGAUAGUGAUUGCUUUCGAUUGUACGAGAUUGCGGGAAUGGCCCAUCGCGAGUCUCGGUACGCUUCAGUGACCGACUUGAAGCGCUUGGCCGUCGCUGAUCUCAAGGGCGCUCAAUGGAGUACUUUCCCGAACUCCUUCAUUUAUCAUGCUGUCUUUGAGUCAGUGGUCAAGUGGAUUUGCGAUGGCACAAUCCCACCAGCGAGUGCAUUCAUCAAAACAAUCGGAGAAACAGAUGACAUUGUGCGAGACAAGCAUGGAAAUGCCAUAAAUGGAGUGAGAACCCUUCACACUGAGGUGCCUCUCGCACGCAUCGUCGCUGCGACACCUAAAGGCAGGCCAAAUUGGUACUGUGGAUCGGAGUGGCCUUACUCGGAAGACGAGUUACGCGGGAUUUAUGGAUCGGUCGCCGGGUAUCGAAUGCUAGCUGGUGCCGCUAUUGCAAACCAAGUUCAGUCGGGCUUCUUGCUUCCAGUAGAUGCGGAAGUCCUUCGCCGGGAGACCGUCGAACAAGUGAACUUUUGUUAA